AUGUCCGACCCUUCCAACCUUCCCCCUCUUCCCGCAAACCACCUCAACCACCCGGAGAACUGGACGACCGGUUCUGAGCCCAUCACCUCCAACCAGGAGGGCUUCAUCAAGGUCCUCGAAGGGCAGAAGCCGGACCUCGUCCCGGAGGCCGGCCUUGACACCUCCAAGCUGAGCAAGAGCGAUGCGAGCGAUGUCAUCGACAAGCUCAAGAAGGGGGAGAAGCUGGGUGACUCGGUGAACGACGCCGAAAACCACGUCGAGAGCGGCGGCAAGCCCGCGGCCGCUUCCUCGAGCGGGAAGGAAGACACCUCGGCUUCGACGAAGCGUAAGGCGCCCGCCGCGGACGAGGCCGACAAGCCCGCGUCCAUGGAAGCUGCCGCGGAAGAGGAGGGCACCGGCGAAUCGAUCUCUACCGGCUCUACCAGCGCUACCGGUGAGGUCAAGUCCAAGGCCUCCUCCUCGAAGAAGCCCGCAGACGACGACACAAUCCACAAGGCCAAGAAGGCCAAGAAGGACGGCGAGGCGGACCCAAUCGAAGAGGCCAUCGUGGCUAAGGCGGAAGGAGAAACCAAGGAGGAUCCCAUCGAGGUCGAUACCCCUCCCACUGAGCAGAUCGCCACUCCGGCCGAGCCGGCAGAUGGUGAGAAGGCCACCACAGCCAACGGCGGAACGAAUGGCGCGAAGGCGGCGAAUGGCGGAGCAAAGAAGGGGGAGGAGACCACCCCGGGGGAUGAGGCGCAUCUCGACCACCCUGAGAACUGGGCUACUGGUGACCAACCCGCUACGGACAAGCAGAAGGGCUUCCUUAAGGUGUUGGAGAAGCAGAAGGGCGCAGAGGGGGCCGCGGGCGAUGUCGAGCACCUCGGCAAGUCCGAGGCGAGCGAGAAGAUCGAUGAGCUUAAGAACAUGUAA